CGUUUACGUGUGCACUGUGUGUCAAUUUAUCAGUAAAAGAGCACUGUUUCAUAAUCGGGAAUAUGUUGGAGUGUAGUUUUUGAAACGGCUAAAAGUCACUCAAUCACACAUAUGGUCAAUUCGUCUUUGAACGUUUAAAUAUGCCAUUGCUGUCUGUUUCAAUCCAUUGAAAACAGUAUACCAAAACAUCAGACAUUUAUAUGUGUACAAUACAGCGUACGAUACAGUGUUUCUCCCGGUUCUCGUACAAAUAUUCCGUUUAAAGGUUUAAAGACGAAAAAAAAAAGAGUAUAAUUCAAAGUGCCUUACCAUCGGAAAACCUAUACAAAAUGCAUAAAAUUGGAUUCAUCGGUGGUGGAAAAAUUGCCCAAGCCAUGGCAAAAGGUUUCAUUAAAGCCGGUUUGACGAAAGCUGAUCGAGUAACAGCCAGUUGCCAUCCAUCGGAUCAGCUCAGUUUAAAUGCGUUCAAGGCGAUUGGUGCAAAAACGAUAACAGAAAAUGCUCCGGUCGUUGAAGAAUCCGAUGUUGUGUUUGUGUCAGUUAAGCCGGCAGUUGUGCCCGGAGUUUUACAAGAGAUAAAGAGCAUUGCAACGAAUAAGCUGUUCAUCUCGGUUGCCAUGGGCAUUACAAUUGCACAAAUGGAAAAUAUUUUGCCGCAAAAAACGAGAGUUAUACGUGUAAUGCCGAACACACCGGCCAUUGUUAAUCAGGGAUGUUCGGUUUUUGUUCGAGGAAAGAAUGCAACGCAAAAUGAUGCUGACAUCGCACAAUCACUGCUGCAAUCAAUUGGAACAAGUGAAGAAAUCACCGAAGACAUGAUGGAUGCUGUAACAGCACUUAGUGGAAGUGGUCCGGCUUAUGUGUUUGUUAUGAUUGAAGGACUUGCUGAUGGCGCCGUUAAAAUGGGACUACCACGUGAUCUCGCUUACCGUUUAGCAUCGCAAACAGUGCUCGGUUCUGGACAAUUACUACGCGAUUCAGGUGUACAUCCUGGCAAACUGAAAGACGAUGUUACAAGUCCAGCAGGUUCCACAGCGUCCGGCCUUUGGCAUUUAGAAGCAAAUGCAUUCCGUUCUACAGUUGCUGGUGCCGUCGAAUCGGCCACUUUACGAUGCAGAGAGAUUAGUAAAAAAUAACAUAACAACAUUUUAAUUUGAACCUUUUUUUAUUUGUUGCUUACGUAAUUAUAUAUUUAAAAAAAUGCUGUACAAUAUUAAUUUGAAGACAUAUCCCAUUAUUCCAUAAAUGUUUAUCGAAAUAUUUUCUAGAAUAAACUAGAUCUUCAUUUUUUUUUUUAAAUAUUAUUCUCGGGUAUAUGUUGGGUCUUGAGACAGUUUCAAUCUUAUUUUUUUAUAGAUACCAUAUUUUAAUAAAAAAAAAUCCAUUUCCCAUUCUUCAAGACGAAAAAAAAUGAAAAUAAAAACUCGAAAAUUACCGUUACACAGUUACGAUCUAUUCGAGAAUAAAAUAUCAAUUCAAAAGGA